UGUUGGUCGCUACGCCGACACUAAGCUGAUAUAACCGUCGACACGCCACGUAGAGUGAUGCUCAGGAACUCCCCAGAUCCUUGUGCUGGACGACGCGCAACAGCCGAGCGAUCUGGUAAUUGACCGGAGACUCCCUUGCCAUCCAUUAUAGCUCCUUGGUAACGCUGCAGUGUAGCCCUCUAGAUGCGCCUGCAGUGGGGUCAGGGCCGGGUAAAUAGGAUAAAUAGGAGAUGAGGAGUAGGGUACCAGAACCGGGGGCUCGAAGAGGGUGAUUCUCGUGAUAUAAGAAGACGCAAUGAUUGGGGGAAUAAAAAUAACCUUCAGUUCGCUGCAGUUGUCUGAUUCUGGCUGUAGCAUUGAAGGAAUCAUACGUGAUCCUGGGGAAUUGAAUUGAAUUGAGUUGGUUACCUAUUUAAUUGCCCCUCAACACCAAGCACCCCGCUUCACGAUCCUGUUAUGCGCGUUGGCGGUGAGACAAACUUAUGUUACGGGAUAAGUACCUGGCUGAGAAUCUGUUGGCUACGAUACUAAAUCAAAACAACAAAACUACAUAAUCUACACAUAUCAAACAAAGGAGAAUAGUUCAAAAAAAAAAAAAAAAAAAGGAAAAAAAAGAACAUGACACCACCACUAAUAACCCACCUCUACACUGCGGACCCCUCCGCACACGUCUUCGAAGGGAAGAUAUACAUCUACCCCUCGCACGACCGCGAGACAGACAUCCAAUUUAACGACAACGGCGACCAAUACGACAUGGCCGACUACCAUGUGUUCUCGACGUCCUCUCUCGACCCGCCCUACGACGUAACCGACCAUGGCGUCGUCCUCCGCGCCGAGGAUGUGCCGUGGGUAUCCAAGCAACUCUGGGCUCCCGACGCGGCCUUCAAAAACGGAAAAUACUAUCUCUAUUUCCCGGCCCGCGACAAGGAAGGUAUCUUCCGCAUCGGCGUCGCGGAGGGCGAAUCUCCAAGCGGCCCGUUCAAGGCUGAUCCCGAGCCGAUUAAGGGCAGUUACAGCAUUGAUCCUGCGUCCUUCGUUGAUCCAGAUACGGGUGAGGCGUAUCUGUACUUCGGUGGGCUGUGGGGCGGACAAUUGCAGUGCUAUCAGAGCACAGUUGAGCCAGACGCGCAUGGUGUCCCGCGUUUCGAGAGCGAAUGGCUUGGUCCGAAAGAACCUGCGGGCGAAGGCGCGAAGGCGUUAUUUCCUAAGGUUGCGCAAUUAUCAGAGGAUAUGCAUACUUUCGCAUCGCCGGCGCGCGAUCUCGUGAUCCUUGCGCCGGAGACGGGGGAGCCGAUCCCUGCGGAUGAUCACGAUAGACGCUUCUUCGAGGCUGCGUGGAUGCAUAAGCGGAAGGGGAAGUACUAUUUCAGCUACUCUACUGGGGACUCGCAUUAUCUCGUUUAUGCGAUGGGUGACUCGCCUCUGGGCCCGUUCACGUAUGCUGGGCGGAUCCUCGAGCCGGUGCUGGGGUGGACGACGCAUCAUUCUAUUGUUGAGUUCCAGGGACGGUGGUGGCUAUUUCAUCACGAUUGCGAGAUGAGUAAAGGCGUUAGUCAUUUGAGGAAUGUCAAGGUUAAGGAGAUAUUCUUUGAUGAUGAGGAGAGAAUUCUGCCUAUGAAGGCGAAAUAGAACAGAUGGGACGUUCCUAGGGAGAUGUAUAAUUGGGAAGACUGUUACCAAUGACGUUGUUAUUGCUCAAGUUGCCUUCAUAUUCAAGCCUUUCCUACCUUGGAAGUGUGGUUGCCCUGGUGGUGUACCAAGCCUUACUCAACAGCGCGUGACAUCAGUUUUAGAAUCUUGAUAUGAGCACAUUCACAUCAUUUAAC